AUGGCGCCGGUGAAGGUGUUCGGGUCGGCGAGGUCGACGAACGUGGCGCGGGUGCUGGUGUGCCUUGAGGAGGUGGGCGCCGAAUACGAGGUCGUCAACAUCGACUUCCAGGCCAAGGAGCACAAGAGUCCCGAGCACCUCGCCAGAAACCCGUUUGGCCAAAUCCCGGCGUUCCAGGACGGUGAUGUCGUGCUCUUCGAGUCCCGGGCGAUCUCAAAGUUCAUCCUCCGGAAGUACAAGUCCGCCGAGGCCGACCUCCUGCGCGAAGGCGACCUCGAGGAGGCCGCCAUGGUGGACGUGUGGACGGAAGUGGAGGCGCACCAGUACAACCCGGCGCUCUCGCCCGUGGUGUACGAGUGUCUCGUCUACCCGGCCACGCGCGGCGUCCCCACCAACCAGAAGGUUGUGGACGAGAGCCUGGAGAAGCUCAGCAAGGUGCUCGACGUCUACGAGGCGCGCCUGUCCAAGCACACCUACCUGGCCGGGGACUUCGUCAGCUUCGCGGACCUGAAUCACUUCCCUUUCACCUUCUACUUCAUGGCGACGCCGCACGCCUUGCUCUUCGACUCGUACCCGCACGUCAAGGCGUGGUGGGGAGAGGCUCAUGGCGAGGCCGUCCAUGAAGAAGCUCGGCGCCAGCAUGGCUGCUGCUGCCGGUAUCAAGGCUUGAGCGAACGGGCAAACGUUGGCGAUUUCUGUGUUGCGUUGCUCAUAAUAAUAAUGUAA